ACCAGUUUGAAUACUAACAGCUGAAACUGCAGUCGUAUUUAGUGUAGUGCGGUGCGAUGCAUGGAAGUAGAAAUCUCAUUUUGAUAUGUGCACAUACGUAAAAGAACAGUGAGAAACAGUAGCCGCGUCACGCUACGUUUCUUCCUUGGUGUGGUACAGUGUGUAAUAUGUGUACUUUGCGAGAUUAAAUCGCUAUUUACUUUUAUCGUUGAAUGGAGUCAAUCUCCAGUCAUAUCGCGACCCACUGCAGUCGGAAUCAACACUUAGUAUGCAUAAAUAGUGUAAUUAGUUCUAGUGGAGUUUGAGUGCCUUUGGAAAUAGCCUGAAACCUGUAAUUUGCCGAAUCCACUAGUAAUAACCGUGAAGUGACACGUAACAUCAAAAAUGAAGAAUCGACGGGAGGAAACACCAUUUGUGAUAGAACUCAAGAGCAAUUAUGGUUCCACUACGGCUCCAGCAGGCGCGUCUUCGGCAAGCGCGUCCCCAAGUACACUAUACUGUCUGCAUGGACAGCCAGAAGUAAAACUAGUCGGACAUUGUCAUCGACAGAGAAGUGAAGGAGUAGACGUGAAAGCUAGGAGAAAGCUGAUAAUUGCCAGUAUCUUGUGUCUUUUUUUCAUGGUAGCGGAGAUUGUCGGUGGCAUAUUGUCUAAUAGCUUGGCAAUAGCUACUGACGCAGCCCAUCUCCUAACCGACUUUGCAAGUUUCAUGAUAUCUCUUUUCGCAAUCUGGAUAGCGGGGCGGCCGUCUACACAAAGGAUGUCUUUCGGAUGGUAUCGAGCGGAAGUUAUUGGCGCUGUUGUUUCCGUUGUAAUGAUUUGGGUUAUAACGGCAAUUCUGAUUUGGUUGGCAGUCCUGCGUAUUAUCAACAAAUCCUACGAAGUUGAUGCCAAAAUCAUGCUAAUCACGUCGGGCUUGGCUAUUCUAGUCAAUUUAAUAAUCGGGUUUCAACUUCAUCAUCACCACGGCCAUUCUCACUCCGCCAAGCAGCCAACGGAGGGAGUGGGCAAGCAGAACGCCGAUGAGACGCUGAAAAAUAAUUCCCAGAUUGUCUUGGCUGCCCCGAAUGCAACCAACCAGGAGACCCAUUCAUCAGCCACUACCCCGACGAGCUCGAGGCACAGGAUUGAAAAGGAGACUGGCGGCAUUAAUAUUGCUGAACAUGGCCAGUUGUAUCAGUCGAUGUCAGACGAUGCUGGAUUAGUAAAUGUUGUUUCGAACAGUGGCGGGCAAACCGGACAAAACCAGCAGCACCAGCAACAGCACAAUUUUGCUGCCCCAGAAAGCUCCAGUGUAGCUGUUAGGGAGAAUAUAAAUGUGCGUGCAGCAUUUAUUCAUGUUUUGGGAGAUGUACUGCAGAGUGUUGGGGUUUUUAUUGCCGCACUAGUAAUUUAUUUUAAACCCGACUGGGCCAUUGCUGACCCAAUCUGCACAUUUGUCUUCUCAGUGAUUGUACUGUUCACUACUUUCACCAUAAUGAAGGACGCAUUAUUGGUUCUGAUGGAAGGUACUCCAAAUUACUUGCACUACGCCGAAGUCAUGAAUGUGUUUUUGCAAAUUGAAGGGGUCGAGCGCGUGCAUAACUUGAGAAUAUGGGCUCUGAGCAUCAAUAAAGUCGCCCUAUCCGCUCAUCUGGCAGUCAAACCUGGCGCUAAUCCCAAGAAAAUAUUACAAGAUGCCACAUCAGCGGUCCACAUCAAGUAUAACUUCUUUGAAACGACGAUACAAAUAGAAGAAUAUUCAGCGGAAAUGGAAGAUUGCAAACAAUGUUCACAACCUGGAAGUUAACAUUUUAUUCUGCUUUGAUAAAUCAAUAGUGAAUACUAUUGUAUCCUCCCUUCUUGAUAAUUGUUUUGAAGAAAGGCUUCGGCACGACUGGAAAGUGUGAUCGAGAAAUCCCCUUGCUAUCAUCUCUACUGUUAGCGAUAAUAUAGACUAGCAUUUGCAUGUGUAAUCUAAUAUUGUACAUAAUUUGUCAAUAGAAAUCAAUCGAAUAAAUUAUUUGAGAUAUAAAAACAUCAA